UUUUUUCAUCUUAGAGGCGGUGGAUUUAAUGGAUAAUUACCGAAACAUAAACAGUUGUUUGUUGUUUAUAUGACAACUUUGCUUUGUUUUAGAGAGAAAAUUCAUAGGGUUAAACUAUUUGAUUCUUUUUGUUGAUCAUUCCUUUGUUAUUGUGAUGGGUUUUCACCUCAGAUUUUGUGGAUUACGUAGAAAAUUAUUGCAACAAAAAUAGUGGUUGAUUGCUCCACUUUUUUGUAUAUAUGUAUGGUGUACACACACAAAAACACAUUGUUAAAAUCCACCUACUCUCCACCUACUUCACCCACUUAAACCUACUCCACUAAACCUAACCCACUACACCACUACCACCUCCACUUCACCUACUCCUUACCUACUACACACUCACCCUCUUCUAUAUAUAGGAAUCAUGAAUCAUUGUAAUAGAUAUCAAUAAACAUACAUGAAUCAAUAAUAUCAAUCAUCAAUACAUAUUUCAUUCUCUCUAUUUUUUCAUACAUCAAAUUUUACAUGGUAUCAGAGCGAGGUUAAGAACCUAGUAAUUUCGUUUCACCGGCGGGCGGCAAUCUCGCCAUGGCCGCCUGCCGGACAAAUCCAAAUUUCCCAACAAUGGGUUUCACACACACAGGAUUCAUAGCUCCUUUUUGCACCCAGCAGACAGCUUUGCAAUUGGACCCUCUGUCCACCGUGGGUGAUAGCAACACACCACACAGCUUGCAGCUGGUCACGCUACCCCCCCUAUGGAGCAUGGUGGGAGGCCAAACCACAGAGCAAGGAGAUUGUUCGAAAUUCAAAGGGAACAUUCCACAUUGCUGUAAGAAGGAUCCAACAGUUGUGGACUUGUUGCCAAGAACUCCUUACAACCAGCAGAUCGCAAAUUGCUGCAAGGGGGGAGUAAUUAACUCAUGGGUGCAAGAUCCAUCCAAUGCUACGAGCUCAUUCCAGAUUAGUGUUGGUGGAGCUGGAACUACUAACAAAACAGUGAGGGUGCCCAAGACCUUGACCUUGAAAGCACCAGGGCCAGGUUAUACUUGUGGUCCGGCAAAAGUUGGCAAACCCACCAAAUUUGUUACCCAAAAUGUAAGGAAAGUCACACAAGCUAUGAUGACUUGGAAUGUUACGUGCACAUAUUCGCAAUUUCUGGCUCAGAAAACUCCUACUUGCUGUGUUUCACUCUCAUCCUUCUACAACAACACAAUUGUACCCUGCCCGACAUGCACCUGUGGCUGUCAAAACAACAAUACUCAGCCGCCUCAAGCACCGCCUACGGCGUCGAGAGAAUUUCGUGAUUUCAUCAAUUGUUGUUUGCAGAGAGCUCCAUCCAAGAGAUGGACCAUACCUGUGGCUACCUACCAUAUUCGGCAGAGCAGCAGCAGACAAGAUGGGCUAUAUCUCCUGAGAAAACAAUUUUCAAGAAGGAACAAUUUUCAUCCUCAUCAUCAUGUAACCAUCUCUCUCUCUCUUAAGGAGAAUAAAGAAGAAAAGAGAAAACAAAACAGGAACCACACACUGUUUUGCACACGCACUCUUGUUCCCCACUCAUAUUUUUUUAUAUUUCUUUUACUCCUCCUUUUGACAAGGACACGAACCACACACUGUUUUGCACACCCAUCAUCUUUUUUUUCCCUUAGUGGUAGGACCCGCCAACACCUUUGAAUCUCCCCUUUUCUUUUUUUUAUUUUUUAUUACUUUAACCUUCCGAAAUUUUUCUUCACCUUUAUCCCACACUUCAUUUUAUUUAUUAUUAUUAUUCUUAUUUU